GAUAACUUGUAUCUCGAUAUGAAUGGGAUCAUCCACAAUUGCAGUCACCCGAACGAGGAAGAUGCGCACUUCCGUAUAACGGAGGAGCAGAUAUUCCUAGCGAUAUUUGGUUACUUAGAGCAUCUGUUUGCUUUGGUCAAGCCGCAAAAACUGUUCUUCAUGGCCGUAGACGGAGUGGCACCACGAGCCAAAAUGAAUCAACAACGUUCCAGGAGGUUUAGAACUGCCAAAGAUCGCAAGGAUAUGAUCGAUAAAGCUGAGCGCAAAGGAGAAACGCUUCCAUCCACGGAAGCCUUUGAUAGUAAUUGUAUUACUCCAGGAACUCCUUUCAUGGCAAGGUUAUCUGAACAGUUGAAGUAUUUCAUAAAUCAAAAGGUUUCGACCGACUCGGCAUGGCAAGGUGUUCAAGUGGUAUUCAGUGGACAUGACGUUCCUGGAGAGGGUGAACACAAAAUUAUGGAAUAUAUCCGGCUAGCCAAAGCCCAACCUGACUAUAACCCGAACGUCCGGCAUUGCCUUUAUGGUCUGGACGCGGACCUGAUCAUGUUGGCAUUGCUAUCUCAUGAUCCGCACUUUUGUUUAUUACGAGAGGAAGUGAAAUUUGGCCCUGCAAGAAAA